GAAAAGAUGUUGAAGCCUCAACUGCAACAGUCUGAGACUGCUCGAUCGCUUGCGCUGUUUCACAAGACCUUUGUCUCCGGUCAUGUUAGUGCGAAGCACCUCCUACGGCGGCCACCGCCUUCUCUCCGUCAAAAACAAAAGAAGUUCUCUGUCAUGGCCAUGAGCAUCUCCAGCGACAUUAAAGCGAUCAUUGGAACCGCUUUGGAGAAAUCUGUGACAGUUAAGGCGGUAGUUACAGUUCAACUAACGAUUGGAGGGGUCUUAUCAAACAUUGGGGUGGAGAAAGGUAUCGAUGACAUUAUCGACUUACUUGGUAAAACGUUGUCGUUGGAGCUCGUUAGCUCAGAGCUUGAUCCUCAGACUGGGUUGGAGAAGGAGACCAUCAAGGGUUAUGCUCAUAUGAGUGGUAAAAACUUAAAGGAGAAGGAGGUGACAUAUGAGACCAAAUUUGUGGUUCCGGAGAGUUUUGGGGCAGUGGGGGCUGUUCUGGUGCAGAAUGAUCAUCACAAGGAGAUGUUUCUCAAGACUAUUGUCCUUGAUGGCUUCCCUAAUGGCCCUGUUAACUUCUCCUGUGAUUCAUUUGUUCACAGCAAGUUCGAUAACAAAGAGAAGAGAGUCUUCUUCGGUAAUAAGUCAUACUUGCAAUCGGAGACUCCCAGUGGAUUGAAGAGGUUGAGGGUGAAAGAGCUAGAGAACCUGCGUGGGGAUGGUACGGGAGAGCGUAAGACAUAUGAUAGGAUCUACGACUAUGACACCUACAAUGAUUUAGGGGACCCCGACUGUAGCACUGAACUGGCACGCCCCGUCCUCGGUGAUUCCCAACAUCCUUAUCCCAGACGGUGUAGAACUGGACGUCCUCGUUGUACCACAGAUCCCUUGUCCGAGAAAAGGAGCUUGGAAGCAUAUGUGCCGAGAGAUGAGGCAUUUUCUGAAGUGAAACAGUUGAAUUUCUCAACCAAGACAGUGAAGUCAGUGGCUCAUGCUGUACUUCCUUCACUUGAGACUGCACUCCUUAAUGCAGAACUUGGAUUCCCAUACUUCACCAAAAUUGAUUCACUAUUCAAUGAAGGGCUUGCACUACCUAAGCCUAAAGAUCAAGGCUGGUUCUUCAGCAGGCUUUUACCAAGGCUUGUCAAAUCCCUUGAUAGUAAAGGAGAUGAAGUCUUGCUCUUUGAGGUCCCUGAGACCAUUAACAGAGACAAAUUCUCUUGGUUCAGGGAUGAGGAAUUCUCACGCCAGACUCUUGCUGGUCUCAACCCCUUCAGCAUUCAGUUGGUCACGGAAUGGCCAUUGAAGAGCAAACUCGACCCUGAGAUCUAUGGCCCAGCUGAGUCUGCAAUUACUGCAGAACUAAUCGAGCGAGAGAUCAAAGGAAUCAUGACCGUCGAUGAGGCCAUACAGCGAAAGAAACUGUUCAUGUUAGAUUAUCAUGAUCUGUUAUUACCUUAUGUAAACCAAGUGAGAGAUCUCAAAGGGACAACAUUAUAUGGUUCAAGAACCUUAUUCAUGCUUACUCAUGACAACACAUUGAGACCUCUAGCGAUUGAGCUCACUCGGCCACCUAAAGAUGACAAGCCUAUGUGGAGACAAGUAUUCUCCCCUGGUUGGGAUGGCACAAGCUGCUGGCUAUGGAGACUUGCUAAAGCUCAUGUCUUGGCUCAUGACUCUGGCUUUCACCAGCUUGUCGUCCACUGGCUAAGGACACACUGUUGUACUGAGCCUUAUAUAAUUGCGGCGAAUCGGCAGCUAAGUGAGAUGCACCCAAUUUAUCGGUUGUUGAAUCCCCAUUUCCGGUACACAAUGGAGAUCAAUGCACUUGCUAGAGGUUUACUUAUAAAUGCAGGUGGGAUCAUUGAGAGCACCUUCUCUCCAGGAAAGUAUUCAAUGGAGAUCAGCUCUGCGUAUUACGACAAGUACUGGAGGUUUGACAUGGAGGGUUUACCUGCAGACUUAAUUCGAAGAGGAUUGGCUGUUGAGGAUCCAACGGCUGAGCAUGGUCUAAAACUGACAAUUGAGGAUUACCCAUUUGCUAAUGAUGGUCUUGUCCUCUGGGAUGCCCUUAAACAAUGGGUGAGUGACUAUGUAAAUCACUACUAUCCAAAAGCCAGCCUUGUUGAAUCUGAUGAAGAACUCCAAGCAUGGUGGAAUGAGGUAAAAACAAAGGGCCAUGGAGACAAGAAGGAUGAGCCAUGGUGGCCUAUCCUCAAAACUCAAGAUGAUCUAAUCCAAGUGGUGACAACCAUCAUUUGGGUCACCUCCGGCCACCACGCCGCCGUCAAUUUCGGCCAAUACCAUUACGCCGGAUACUUCCCGAACCGGCCGACAAUCAUGAGAUCAAACAUGCCCACUGAGGACCCAGCAGAGGAUGAAAUGAAGAAUUUCUUGGCCAAACCUGAGUUUGCUCUGUUGAAGAGUUUCCCUUCACAAAUUCAGGCUACUAAGGUGAUGGCCAUAUUGGAUGUGUUGUCUAGUCACUCAGUAGAUGAGGAAUACCUUGGAGGUGAGAUUUUGCCAGCUUGGUCUGAGGAUCCAGUCAUAGAAGCAGCACAUGAGAAGUUUAUUGGGAAACUGAAGGAGCUUGAUGGGAUUAUUGACACAAGGAAUCAAGAUUUGAAUUUGAAGAACCGAACUGGUGCAGGUGUGGUACCCUAUGAGUUAUUGAAGCCAUCCUCAACACCUGGGGUCACUGGAAUGGGAGUUCCUUAUAGUAUCUCCAUUUAAGAGUACUUGGAUUUGUAUGGUCAGUUUUUGGCUUACAAUGUCAAAAAUAAAUCACU